CAGUAGGGGACUAGCGUUCCAGGAAGUUACGAGUUGGCGUUCUCCUCGAGUAGGACGUUCGUUAUUUAGUAGUACGAACGGCGCGAGUGGGAGCCGUCGUUAUCGCGGAUAUGACACUCGGUGAAUCCUCUCAUUGAAGCGAGAAACGCGAUGGUGACCGGUGGCUUUUUCGCCUUCGCUGCUUUGCACUUUGCCGCUGCGACGUGGGCGGUCGAAGUACCAGCCGGGUUGGGGCCAUGCAUUUCGGACGUCAACAGCAAUGAUCCAUGUGUGCACGGGCGUAACUGUAGUGGAAAUCAGAACGAGAGCAGUGUCAUGACGAUCACGAUGCCAGCAGACGAGCAGAAAUCCGUCCAGGAAAAAGUCGCGAUGGAUAAACCGACACAAUUUGAAGUGUGGUGUAUGGGUCUUGUGAGCGUAGGCAUAGUGAGCCUAAGUGGCUUAACAGGCGCUGCCCUAUUUCCAAUCAUCAACAGCCCUUUGUACGGACACGUUAUGACAGCUUUGAUAGGACUUGCCGUCGGAUCUCUGACUUCUACGGCUCUUUUCCAACUUAUACCCGAGGCUUUUCAACUUUCUACUCUGGUCGAUCGUGAUCAGUAUCUUAAGACAGCAUUGUUCGGGUGGCUUAGCAUCUGGGGCAUCUUUGUCGUCGAGUCCCUAUCAAAAAUCAUAUUGAUCAAACAAAAGAAACAGGAUGUAAUUGUGAAAAGUAUAAAUGAAGACGAUGAAAGCGCAAUGCUGAAGGAAAACCACCUUCAUCUACACGAGAUGGCAAAGCCGAAACGGCCGGUUGCUGGAGUUGCAUGGAUGAUAAUCUUCGGAGACGGUAUCCACAACUUCAUUGACGGGGUAACGAUAGGAGCCGGUUACAGCCAAAGCAUACCGACCGGACUUGGUUUGAGCAUAGCAAUAGCGUGCGAAGAGUAUCCUCACGAACUAGGUGAUUUCGCCAUUUUGCUGAAAGCGGGCAUGUCCUUCUCGAAAGCGAUAAUUUUCAAUUUCCUUUCUGCGUGUACAGCCUUCGUCGGCCUCGUGCUUGGAAUUGUUUUGGGCGAGCUGGAAGAAGCUCAUUAUAUAUUCGCAUUCGCAGGAGGCGUGUUCUUAUAUGUCUCUCUGACUCAUUUGAUACCGGAACUAAAAGAGAUGCAGAAAAUGAAGCUCAAGAAGGGCCGGAAUGACACGCUUGUUUUCUUCUGUCUGCAGAACAUCGGAAUGAUCACUGGCUCCUGCAUAAUAUAUUUGGUCACAAAAUAUAACGAAAAAUUAACGAACUUAUUUUAAAAUAAUACGACAAUGUAUAAAAAGUGAAAAGUACUUUAAAUUUGUAUUCAUUUAUUAAAAUAAACGUAAAGUGAAAUGAAUCGUUUUAACUUACGUCCAAAAUGUGCGUUUGACCGUCAAACCUGUGAUCAAAACCCCGAUUUUACACUUGUAAGUAAUUGUAUAUACAUGUUUUUAAUUAUAGUUUUAUGUGGUUCUGUGCUUGUAUUGUCAAUGAGUUAAUCUGUGUUCGUCUAGUCUUAGUUUUUGGACAAUUAUAUUAUUAUGUUUGUAUCUGCAAGUCGAUUGAAAUUGUUUUAGUUUA